AUUUCACGUGAAAAACAACGCGGAGGGAAAAGAAAAACUGGCGGAGCGAAACUAUCAGAAAAAUAGCGGAAUUUUAAUUGAAACUCACCAGCUAUAGCUUUACCACGCACGGUAGCUGGUUAAUAGCACGCUAGGUCUAAAGGUUUUUCGUCCUAACUAGCCUGCUUAGUUGCCUGCAGACGAAGAAAAUGAGCUACGGAAGGCCGCCGCCAGACGUUGAGGGGAUGACCUCCCUGAAAGUGGACAACCUUACUUAUCGAACUUCGCCAGAAACUCUGCGCCGAGUUUUCGAGAAGUACGGCCGCGUGGGAGACGUGUAUAUCCCACGGGACAGGUACACCAAGGAGAGCCGCGGCUUCGCCUUCGUGCGGUUCCUCGACAAGCGAGACGCCGAAGACGCAAUGGACGCCAUGGACGGCGCGCUGCUCGACGGACGGGAGCUUCGGGUUCAGAUGGCCCGAUACGGAAGGCCACCAGACUCCAUGUACAGCCGGAGAGGGCCUCCACCACGAAGAUACGGAUACGGUCGUAGAAGCAGGAGCCGAUCAACCAGUCCUCGCCGUCGAAGACGUAGCCGCAGCCGCUCUAGGAGCCGGAGCCGCUCUAGAUCCAGGAGCCGGCACCACUACAGUCGCUCUAGGUCCCGUUCCUACUCCAGAUCCAGGUCAAGGUCCAGGUCUAAGUCCAAGUCCAAGUCCAAAUCCAAAUCCAAGUCCAAGUCCAGAACCCCCAGGCGGAGCAAGUCAAAGUCCCCUUCCAGAUCUCGGUCUCACUCUAGGUCCAAGUCAAGGAGCCGAACCCCAGCUUCCAACAGAGGGUCCAAGUCCAGGUCCAGAUCCAAAUCCAAGAGUAGACCUAAAUCUCCAGAGGACAACGGAGCAGAGUCUUAACCCAAAUUUGGAUGCAACAUGACGAUCUCAAAUGAUUGACGCUUUGCUGAGGACAUCAGGAAGAGUCUCAGAUUGAAGUGGACUCAACUAUUGCCACUGAAUGCAGACUGAAAGGUUAUUGGAACUUGGUCUAAAUGUUUUAAAAUGUUUAAUUUGAGUUGAUCUACCGAAACAAAUUCUGUAAAUUUGGCAUGAUUGUAAAGCUGAGAGCUUACUCAAAGGGAUUUGUAAGGAUUUUUUUCUAUUUAAAUUUUGUUUUUCAUUUUGAUUUUCAUACAUAAAAAAUUCUUCUGAACUAAAGAUUUUCUUCCAGUGAAACCCUUUAACACCCUUUCCAGCUGGCUAUAAUUUUUUUUUUUUCUUUUAAGUUGAUGUGAAAAGGGUGAGGCAUUCAAUGUUCACAUGCCGUUUACUUGGAAAAUGGCCCAUUGUACAGCAUAAUAAAACCCACUUAAUUUGCGAUUUGCUAAUCCAGCAGUGUGCAUUUUCUUUUCUGUCAAUUUUUUUUUUUUUUUUUUUUCUGUCUGGUUAAAGUUGCUUUCCUAUGACUCUAACCCUCUUUCUUGUGUAUCUUUUGUGCACUAGGCGCAGUUGUGUAGCAGUUGAAUAAUGCUGGUUAGCUGUUAAGAUGCGGUGCAGUGCGGUGGUGACAUGGUGUGGCGUGUUGCGGUGCUGAGCGCCCGGUGCUGUUCCGGGGCUCGACCCUCCGCUGCUGUUUUCCGGUUUGUAAGCUCACAGGUGUGGCAGAUCAUCCAUCCUCUUCUGUCUUGUGACUUCACCUUCCUUCCAUGUGCUGUACAGGUUCUCUCCUUUCUUUUCUCUUUAUUCCCCUCCUCUCCUCCCCCCACUCCGUAUCUGUGGUUUUAUCCACUGUUUACUGGUCUUGCUCGCUUUGAAACUGUGUCCAGUGGGAUCCCUAGUUGAAGGGUUUAAAGGGCAGCUCUGCCUGCUUAAUGAUGAUUUGUGUAUUGCAUUCCUUUGUGAAACUCAAAUGUCCUGUAAGUGCUUAAGGUGAAUGCUAAUAAACAUUUUUGUUAAAGAAA